UGGGUUUUGUCUUUUUUUGUUUGUUUCUCGCGCGCCGCCCUCCCGCUUUUUCCCCACCCGUCGGGUGGUUUUCGCUCCUGGCUUUUGUUCGCCCGCUUUCCUGUCUCCUCCCCUCCCUUCGACUCAGGGAAAGAAGCGGGCGCCGCGGAGCCUCACUCCCCCUCCGCGCGCAUGCUCCCUGCAAAGAAAAAAAGUGGGGGGGGAAGAAAGGCAACCCAGGGGACGACGCGCCUGGGUGACGUGUUCCGGCGGCGGCUGUUCGCGAGGACGGCGCAGGGGGGAAACAGGGAGGGGGGAAAGAGGGAGCGCGCGCGGGCGAGGGAGAAGGCCGCGCGCGCUCCCGCCCGCCUGCCGUUUCCUAGCCCGAGCCUGUGAUUGGUGCAGGCCUCGGACCUGGCGGACCUCGAAUGCCAGGCCCCGAAAACUGGCAGCCGAGGCGGCCCGAGCUUCCUCCGGCCUCCACCCCCGCUCGGGCCCGAGCCCGCCCGGCGAAGUGGCUGGAAUGGCUGGUACUGCUCAUAUUGAUGGAGAUCACAUUGUGGUGUCAGUCCCUGAAGCUGUACUGGUUUCAGACGUUGUCACGGACGAUGGGAUCACCCUUGAUCAUGGCUUGGCAGCUGAAGUUGUCCAAGGACCUGAUAUCAUAACUGAAACUGACGUUGUAACAGAAGGUGUGAUAGUCCCGGAAUCUGUCCUGGAAGCAGAUGUUGCUAUUGAAGAAGCAUUAGAUACCAGUGAUCAUGUUUUAACUUCCGAUUUAAUCACUGAAACCGUUAGAGUGCCUGAUCAAGUUUUCGUGGCUGAUCUUGUUACGGGUCCUGAUGGACACUUGGAACAUGUGGUGCAAGAUUCAGUAUCGGGACCUGAUUCCCCCACGAUGGUAUCCGAAGAAGUUCUUGUGACAAAUUCAGAUACCGAAACUGUCAUUCAAGCAGCCAGCACCGUUCCUGGAUCCACAGUUACCAUCAAGACUGAGGAUGAUGAUGAUAGCAAGAGCACGUCUGAAGACUAUUUAAUGAUAUCUUUGGAUGAUGUUGGGGAAAAAUUAGACCACAUUGGAAAUACCCCUCUAAAAAUCAGCACUGAGGUUUCACAUGGUGACGUAUCUAAAGAUGAUGGGUUUGGCUCUGAAGUUAUUAAAGUUUACAUAUUUAAAGCCGAAGCUGAGGAUGAUGUGGAAAUAGGGGGAACAGAGAUUGUAACAGAGAGUGACUUCCACAAUGGACACUCUGUCGCUGGAGUUCUAGAGCAAGGCAGUGUUGGUAGAGUCCAGCGAGAGAAGAUGGUUUAUAUGGCUGUUAAGGAUUCCUCCCAAGAGGACGAAGAUAUUAGCUGUGCUGAAAUAGCAGAUGAAGUUUACAUGGAGGUAAUUGUUGGUGAAGAGGAAGCCUCCUCCCUUCCUGAUGCACAGCUUGAAGACGCCGGUGUGAAUAAAACUUUUGUCCCGGUUGCCUGGGCUGCUGCUUAUGGGGAUGAUAGAAGACUUCCUAGGAAAUAUGAAGACUGUCAAACACCAGGAACAAACUUAGAUGCAAGAUUAGAGAACAAGAAUGGUAACACAACUCAGUAUCUCCAAAUCUGCGACAGCAUUAAUACGAACAGAUUGCUUAAGCAGAAGACCAAGAAAAGGAGAAGAGGUGAAGCCCGCCAAUGGCAAACAGCUGUUAUAAUAGGUCCCGAUGGACAGCCCUUGACAGUCUAUCCUUGUCACAUAUGUGGGAAAAAAUUCAAGUCCAGGGGAUUCUUGAAAAGGCAUAUGAAAAACCACCCAGAUCACAUGAUUAAAAAGAAAUACCAGUGUACAGACUGUGACUUCACAACCAACAAAAAGGUCAGCUUCCACAAUCACUUGGAAAGCCAUAAGCUGAUCAACAAAGGGGACAAAACGCACGAAUUCACAGAGUACACCAGGCGCUACCGAGAAGCCAGCCCGUUGAGUUCCAACAAACUCAUCUUGCGCGAUAAAGAACCCAAACUGUACAAGUGCAAAUAUUGCGAUUACGAAACCGCGGAGCAAGGCCUGCUGAACAGGCACCUGCUCGCGGUUCACAGCAAGAACUUCCCCCACGUUUGCGUGGAGUGCGGGAAAGGCUUCCGCCAUCCUUCGGAGCUGAAAAAACACAUGAGGACCCACACGGGGGAGAAGCCUUACCAAUGCCAGCAUUGCGUCUUCCGUUGCGCGGAUCAGUCCAACCUGAAGACGCACAUCAAAACCAAGCACGGGACGGACCUGCCCUUCAAAUGCGAACACUGUCCACAGGCCUUCCCCGACGAGAAAGAGCUUCAGCAGCACACGGAGCUCUUUCAGGGGCACAAGACCCACCAGUGCCCGCACUGCGACCACAAGAGCACCAACUCCAGCGACCUAAAGCGCCACAUCAUCUCGGUUCACACGAAAGACUUCCCUCACAAAUGCGAGGUCUGCGAGAAAGGCUUCCACCGCCCCUCGGAGCUCAAAAAGCACAGCGAAACCCACAAAGGGAAAAAGAUCCACCAGUGUCGGCACUGCGAGUUUAAGACUUCCGAUCCUUUUGUACUCAGCGGGCACAUCCUCUCCGUUCACACCAAGGACCUGCCUUUUAAAUGCAAACGGUGUAAGAGGGGGUUCCGGCAGCAGAUGGAACUCAAGAAGCACAUGAAGACCCACAGCGGCAGGAAAGUCUAUCAGUGUCAGUAUUGCGAAUACAGCACGACGGACGCCUCGGGAUUCAAGCGGCACGUCAUAUCGAUACACACGAAGGACUACCCUCAUAGGUGCGAGUAUUGUAAAAAGGGCUUCCGGAGGCCUUCGGAGAAAAACCAACACAUAAUGAGGCAUCACAAAGAGGCCCUCAUGUAGCAUCGGCGCUGCGGAAGACAAUGUUGAUAGGGGAAGGAAACUCUCAUGAACUGUUUCUCCUGGUUUCAAAGCUUGCUCUUAAACCAUAACUUUGCAUUCUUUGUAUUAAAAGUCUUAAAAGUAUUACGGUCGACUGGGUGUCUCAUAGCCCUAUGAUUGUCGCUUAUAGGAACCUAACGAGCACUAUAAACGCGGAGAGAAUGAAUGUUUUUGAGAAAGCUGCAGAAAGAGACCUUGAAUGUCUUCUGUUAAUUAGAAAGCGUUACACGUUAUGAAGCGAAAGAAAUACUAAGUCCAUUCCCAUAACUCUUUAUAUCAAUAACGCCAUAUGUCACCCUAA